AUGGAUUUGAGGAGAUGUAUAGAUUUGAGAUUGCGUGGAUUAAGGAAUUGUAUGGAUUUGAGCAAUUGUAUGGAUUUGAGGAAUUGUAUGGAUUUGAGGAAUUGUAUGGAUUUGAGGAGAUGUAUAGAUUUGAGAUUGCGUGGAUUAAAGGAAUUGAAUUGUAUGGAUUUGAGCAAUUGUAUGGAUUUGAGGGAUUGUAUGGAUUUGAGGAAUUGUAUGUAUUUGAGCAAUUGUAUGGAUUUGAGGAAUUGUAUGGAUUUGAGAUUACCUGGAUUCUAG